AUGUCUACAUUAUCUAUACAUUCAUUUUCAAAUAAAUCCUCAAAAUCGUCAUCAUUGUCGUCAUUUUUCUUCACAACCAUGAAAAUACUCGUUGUAGUUCUAUUCUUCCUCACUAUCAAUGUAGCCGCUGAUGGUCGUAUGAUAUUGCCAGAAAUCCGAAAUACCCAGAAUGCGAGCUUACCAGCAAAACAUUAUCCUUGUGGAACUGAUGAUGAACCUGGCAAAGUUUUAACGACAUAUACUACCAAUGAAACCAUAAAGGUUCAAUGGGGUAUUGAGAAUCCUUUGGAUGGUACUUGUUUUAUCGAUUUGUCAACAAACGGAAAAGAUAGUGCCUUUCAAAACAUUCAUAUAAUGCCAAAUUGUGCGGACCAGGUUGCCAACUUUCAAGUUGAUGUACAACUUCCUGAAUAUACAUCUUGCGAACAUUGCACACUUCGCUUUAGGUGGAUUCCGCAUUUAUCAAGGGAAAUUUAUUUAAAUUGUGCCGACAUUUCUAUAUUACCACCGCACAACAAAAAAAGUGCACCCAAGAUGAGAAAAAGAAAAAGAUGUCAUGGAACAAAUUGUUCAUUGUAA